UUAUACUUAUUGGUUACAUAGGGGAGAUUGUUUGCACAUUUUCAUGGAUUUUUGAUAAUUGUAUUUAUUUAGCUUACUGUUGAAUUUCUGUAAUAUAAUAUUGUAAAAUGUAUGCAAUUAAAAAGAUGUAUCAGCCAACAAAGCUUAGGGUGACCAGACGUCACAAGACUGUAGGUCAAAGUGUUAGCCGUUAUGCUUAAAUUCGUUCGUUCGUUCGUAAAUUCAAUCUGACGCUCUGAAAAAUAGAAUCGCGCUCUGAGUUUGAAAAAGACGAGCGUUCUUCUGGCCGUGAAUUUCCGAACUGUUAAAACGUGUGUGUGAGUGUGCUCGGAGUGGCAAUUUACGAACGCACCCUUAAUCUGAAGGUUGAGCAUGGCUCUGAUAAAGCCAAACCUAUAUUAUAGGGAUUUAGUUUAUUAUAGUGAGCCACAUUUGGAGAACCAAUGAUCUAACUUUGACAAAGCAGUCCUUGACAUAGGCCUAAUAUCUAUCACUGUGAAAUGUAUCCCAAGACCUGACUCAUGUUUUACUUUAGGAUAAUAAAGCUAAAUGUUUGAUUUGAAGCAUAUACAGUAUUACCUUCUGAUGUGUAUUGAAUGUGGUUUACUUAAGCAAUACAUUAACUUCUGUGUGACAAUUCACAGGAAUGUGUUGCAAAACUCAACAUGAGGCAGCUUCUCUCAGUAGGAAUGGAUGGCCCAAAUGUAAAUUUCAAACUCCUGGAUCUCCUUCAAAAGGAACAUGCUGAGCUGCAUGGAGGUGCUCAAGUCCUGAUGGUUGGGAGCUGUGGACUCCAUACCCUCCACAAUGCCAUGAAGGCAGGCUUUACAGGCUGGCAAAUUGACAAACUCCUGCGCGCUCUCCAUUACCUCUUCCACAACGUUCCUGCCCGGAGAGAGGACUACACCAACAUCACCGGGUCGUCCUGCUUUCCCCUCUCUUUCUGCGGCCACAGAUGGGUGGAAAAUGUGCCGGUUGCAGAGAGAGUCCUGGAAGUUUGGACCAUGAUUCAGAAGUUUGUCAAUGCUGUUGAGGAUAAGAAGGUCACAAAACCAAACACGGCCUCUUAUGAUGCCAUCCUGGCAGCACAAGGGGAUCCACUCUUAAUCCCAAAGCUUCAAUUCUUCCUCGCCAUUGCGAGAAGUUUUAACCCAUUUCUCAAGAAGUACCAAACAGACGAGCCAGUGUUGCCUUUUUUGGCAGAAGAUUUAACUGAGCUCCUGUUGAGUUUACUGCGGCGGUUCAUCAAAAGGGAACUCCUACAGGACCAAACCCCCCUGCAGCUGAUUAAAUUGGACAUCUCUGAGGAGAAGAACUGGGUCUCCCUCAAAAGGGUAGAUAUAGGCUUGGGGGCUGAAUCUGCCAUCAAGGCACUCCUGGGCAAACCAGGAUCAAAGAUAGGUGAACUCUCUGUACUCCACCUCAGAAAAGAGUGUUUGCAGGGUCUGAUUAAGAUCGUAAAGAAACUGCAGGAGAAAUCGCCAUUGAAAUUCCCCAUAGUUAGGCAGAUCACCUGUUUGGAUCCCACAAGGAUGGCCAGGGAUCCAGAGUGGUGCAUCCUACAGAUGAAGUCAUUAGUGCAGGCUUUCAUCCAGGGGCAGCAGCUGGCAGGUGGCAUUGCAGCUGGUGAUGUCAUCAUUCAGCAAUUCACAUCCUUUCUCUCGGUCGUGGGCAGAGAAGAAGAAUUUGUUUCCUUCCAACCCCUGAGGCAGCGUCUGGAUGUCUUUCUCCACUCCAAACUCUGCACGUCCCACCCUGACCUGCUAAAGUUCUGCCAAAGUGCUCUCCUCCUGUCCCAUGGACAAGCCACAGUGGAGAGAGGCUUCUCAGUAAAUAAGGAGGUAGAAACGUGCAACCUCCGUGAUGAAUCUCUCGAAGCCCUCAGAUUAAUCUGCGAUAAGGUAAUUGUCUGUGGCGGCGUUCUGAAAGUUCCUCUGACCAAGGAGCUCCUGGCCUCUGCUGCUUCAUCGAGGUCACAAUACAGGCUAUACCUUGAUAGUGAGCGGAAAAAAAAGGAGAAUGCCACACAGGAGCUGAAGAGGAAAGCAGCAGAGAAAGAGCUGGAGGACCUCCGGAACCGGCGGCAGGUACUCCACAGUGUGUGCCAUUCACUCCAAAAUGACGCCGACAAAUAUGCAGAGAUGGCCGAGGGAAAGGCAGGAACAAAGAUGGCUGAGCUCAUCACAAAAUCAAACACUUUUCGGAGAAGACACAGGGAAAAAAAAGCAGAACUUCUCCAAGUGGAUAAAAUGAUUGAAGAAAAGGCCACACAGUUGAGGCACUUGUGACCCUGCUGGCUAACUGUUGUUUAAGUUCUCUCUCUCUCUCUCGGACAGUUUUUGCGUCCAGUUGAAGUUAAAGUUAUUUCUUUGUUAAUAAGAUAUUGUAAUUACAGUGAAAGUUGCACUUUAUUAUUAUCUAGUUUAUUCUUUUUUUUCAAGGCCCUAAUUUAACCACUUGAAAUUAGUUUUUGUUAUGCAAUUGUUACUUUUUGACAUUUUGAGUAAAAACUAUGGACCAAGGCCUGUUGUGUCAUCUUGAUUAAUCCAACUCCUAUGGUAGAGUUCCUUCUUACUUAAAUGUAGCUCACUAGCUUGCUCAAACAAACAGACACUCACAUACACCUACAGAGUCUCUCGCUCUCUCUCUCUAUGUGUGUGUGUGUGUGUGUGUGUGUGUGUGUGUG